UAAACCCAUAGUUUUCAUCACUGUACGGCAGCAGCAGAACGCGACUGGUCGCAAUUACAAGAAGAAAAGAAGACAGACAGACAGAACCUCAGAAGGACUAAUUGUCGUGAAUCAUGCCUGACCUUCAGGCACAUGUGCGUUUUAAGGGGAUAGAGGAUCCCAAUGUACUAUCGUACCUGUUUGGUCCUGCUCGUGAACAAUACCAGACAGAACAACACAGUUAUCAAAAUAGAUCGAGAAAAAAAAGUCGAACAAAUUUAUGCGAAGUUGAUCAAAACCCUUCCUGCCCCAGGGGAUACAUUCAAAAAAUGUUAUCACUGCUCUGAACAAGUAAGAGUCACGCAUCCAUCUAUGCUUCAAAGAGGAAUGCACAUUACCAUGCCAGGGAAGAAACUUAUGUGGUUGACAGAUCUUAUUAAAAAGGAGAUUCCAGAUUUCCCUUUCAUAUAUAAACACCAUGCAAUCAUUACAGAAGUGGGGGAAGUGAAUGGUCAAACCGUUAAAUUAACACUGAUUCAUGCCAAUAACGAAGAACCUCACGUUUCGAAACGCACCGAAACAAUUGAUCUGAAAAAAGAGUACCUGUGGAUCGUUAAGUACAAAAGAAAAACACUUGAUAAUGAAGCUAUCGCAAAAGCGGCUGAAAAACAGUUCGAAAAGAAAGCGCCAGGGAAAUAUCACGUAUUGAAAAGAAACUGCGAGCACUUUGCGACAUCUUGUACUUUAGGCGAAGAUCAAAGUGUACAGGUAGAAAACCUUCUUAGUGCUGUAGGGGGGCCGCUACCUGGUCUUAUACCAGGAUGUCAAGGACUGUUCAGGAUAAUCACAACAGUCCUCGACGAAAUAGCUACAGGACUAUUUGGAUCAGUGGCCUUUGCUGGUAUUGUCCUUUCUGUCGCUGGUUUAGCAAAUGUUCUCUAUACAAUUCUUAUGACAGUUGGCUAUCGAAAGAUGGAAAAAGAAAACAAGCUUUGUCCAUGUUGUUUCAAAAGAAAGAUUCUAGAGUUAUGGAUGAACUUGGCUGUUUUUAUCCCAACUUCGGCUUUAACCUUUGUGUUAUGUAAUGUCGCAGUGCCAUUAGCCACUUUGCCUGGCAUCGGAAUAUCCAUCGUUGUCAUUUUGCUUACUUUGUUAACGCAAUGGGGUAUGUCUAGAAUUAUACGUGCGAUUUGCAGCCCGUUUGACAUUGAGGGAUCCCCUGUAUAAAGUAUUUCCGAAAUAAAUUAUGGCGACGUUGUGUCAUGCAAGUACUGGGGCUUCAAUCACUAUCGAAUAGUUACUGAAAAGGCAAAAUCUUCACUUAAAUGUGUGUAUUAUGCUACUAGCCACCCAUUUGCAACGCGAGAAGUCGUUGAAGAGCAAGUUGAGUUUUCCAAAGGUUCGUUUAGCAGGUAUGACUGUAGCCAUUUGGAUACCUAUUCGCCAAAAGAUACGGUUGAACGAGCCAGGAUGAGAAUCAGCGAGAAGAAGUGGGGUCCGUGGGAGAAUAGAUCAGAUCACAUGUGCUUCUGGGCCAAGGUACGGGAUUUCCGACCGAGUGGUGCAAAGGAACACGGGCUUCUCGAAGCGGUUAUGAUGCUCGGCACAACUCCUAUCCAUCUUGCACACGAGAUUGAGUUAGGAGACCAUGUCUACCUGCACAACACUAACGGCAUAGUCAUUGAGAAAGAAGACAUACGAAAGCGAAGAAAGUUUUGCCUAAGAUUGGUUUGUUUUGUGAAUACAUCUUGCAAAGAACGUACGUUUGAUGUCAAUCUUGAUAACGAUUGGGUUAAGGUUCAACAUUACCAUCCAUCGAAUAGCAGGCCAAAAUCUGAACGUGCUAAAAUGGCAAUGCAGAUGCUCAGACAAACCAUGAAGCAAGAAAAACAGUUUCUGGAAACCGUUGUGAAACAGAAUGCGUGAUCAUGAUUUACUGAGCAACUGGACAAACGGAACAGCAAAUAUACAUUUCCUGAAUAGCUUGUCAGUCAAAUCUAUUCGAAAGACCAGUUCUGAUCAUCUGCGUCAGGCCAACAUCAUAUCCAACUUAUAUGUCCGGUAUUCAAGAAAAAUGUGAAUACAUAACGAGUUACUUUUAUUUUGUUUUUAUAUUGUGUACGAUGUUGUUUGUUUUUAUAAUUAAGUAAUAAAGGGAUUCAUUCACAUAUUUUAUAUCUUUAAAUGUGGUUUAAAUUAAAUUGUUUGACUUACUUUUAAUUUAAGACAAACUUUAAAACAAAAUACCUUUUAUUUAUACUUUUGAUGAUAUUCUAUCAUUGUAAAAAACUUUUUUGUUUAAAUUCCACAUGAAUUAAAGAAAAUUAAUGUCUGACCCUAAAAAAGAGUUUUGUUUAAUAUUUACUAUUUUGGAUGUAUUUGUUUUCAAAAUAUCAUCAAUAAGACAAUACUUGUGUUAAAUCAAUGUUAUCAUAUGUCGAUUGGUUUGCGGCAAUGGGAACAUACUUCCACCUUAUAGUUUUCUUUAUUCGUAAGGGAUCUUGAGUUUUAUGUUAUGAUAUUGUCAUCUUAUUAUUAUUAAUAAUAUUUGCUGAUGAUAUCGAUCAUUGAUGGUAAAUUGCAUGAGGAAAUUUAAAGCCAUUGGGAUAAAUUGUCAAAUGAUUGCAAUACUUGGGAAUUUAAAGUAAAUACUAAUAAGUCUUAUAUGAUGUAGUUUCCUAAAAGUGGUUGAUUAUUGGCCUAUUAAAUAUUGAUUAAAAAAGGCCAUGGUAUACUCGCUUUUAACGAUUUUGACUAUUUUGGUGUUAAUAUUGUUUAAUUAUUUCUGAUUUAACAAUAGAUGUAAAUACUAACAAAAUACUCUUAGAUGAGCGGUGUGGAAUUUUAACAUUAUUUGUAUAUAAAUAUAUAAACACA